CUUAUCUGCUUACUAGAUAUAAGUCACUAUGGCCAGAUUAUAUUUCUUCUUUGUAAAAUAAUUUUGCAGAUACUACCUUACUACCUAAGAAAGAAUGGCCAUCGGCAACUGUUUCUGCGGCAAGAUUCGCAUCGAACUCAACGGCCCUCUGACAUCGGGCCUAUGCCACUGUCUCGACUGUCGCAAACUCACCAGCGGACCCUAUAGCUACAAUUUCAUUGUCAAAACCGCAGAUUUGACCAUCUCUGGCAGUCCAAAAGAAGUAGCAAAAACAGCCGAUAGUGGAAAUGACCUGAGGAAUUAUUUCUGUCCUGACUGUGGCACGCCGCUUUAUGGACGGAAGAUGAAAGCCAAUGGAGAGCCUGAUGAGAUCACAAUCGUCCGGGCUGGGAUAUUUGAUGAUGUUCAUUUGAAUGAGAAGCCUCAGGCGGAGAUAUACACUGAUCGACGGUUGAAGUGGGUAGAUCCGAUUGAGGGGGCUGGUCAGUAUAGUGGCAUGUUGCCGCUAUAACCUGGCUGCAUGAUGUACUCUGUAAACUAUAGAUGCAUAUCAAUCAAAGCAGACUGAUCGAUGGUGUC